UUCAUCAAAGUAACUGGAACUAAAUCUAAGAGUUUAUCGGUGACACGACGAUGAUGAAGAAGAAGGUUACUUGUUGGAUAUUAAUUUGAUAACUAAUGAAUUAUUCUAUUAAUCAAAAAAUACAAACAAGAAUGAAUAUCAGCAGCUCUGAUCUCAUUGAUGCAAAGCUUGAAGAACAUCAGUUAUGUGGAUCCAAACACUGUCCCGGAUGCGGUCAUCGACUUGAAGGAAAACCGGAUUGGAUGGGUCUACCAGCAGGAGUGAAAUUUGAUCCGACGGACCAAGAACUGAUCGAACAUCUUGAAGCCAAAGUUGAAGCCAAGAAGUUUAAAUCACACCCGUUGAUUGAUGAAUUUAUCCCUACGAUUGAAGGCGAAGACGGGAUUUGUUAUACUCAUCCUGAAAAACUUCCAGGAGUUACAAAAGACGGAUUAAGUAGACACUUCUUCCAUCGACCGUCGAAAGCUUACACCACGGGCACUAGAAAAAGAAGAAAGAUCCAAACCGAAUGUGAUCUACAAGGUGGUGAGACACGUUGGCAUAAAACGGGAAAGACCCGACCGGUUAUGGUUAGUGGAAAGCAAAAAGGGUGCAAGAAAAUCUUGGUACUCUACACAAACUUUGGUAAAAACCGAAAACCCGAAAAGACCAAUUGGGUAAUGCAUCAAUACCACCUUGGACAACACGAGGAGGAGCGUGAAGGCGAGCUUGUGGUGUCAAAGAUAUUUUAUCAAACUCAACCUCGACAAUGCAAUUGGUCUGAAAGAGCUAGUAAUAACAAUGUUUUAUCGAAUAUGAUCCCUAUCGAGGGUGCAACUAAUAACGAAAUAAGCAGAAGAGAGAGUAGGAGCGGAAGUGGGAGUUGUUCUUCAAAGGAAGUUAACAUAACUACCACUACAACUAAUGCUCAUAAUAACAUGGAUGAACUCUCUGCAGUUAGCGUUAGUGCAGUUAUGUCGAGUUACAAUCCCAUGGAUCAUAUGCAACAUCUAAAAGGUGUCGAUCAUUUUAGCUUUGUCCCGUUUCGAAAAAGCUUUGAUGAGGUGGGUACUUCAAAUGGAGGAGAGGCGUCAACCGGAAGGGAUAUAGGAGCGUUGGGAGGUAUCACGUGCGAUGAGCAGCAGCCGAAUCACGUGACCCAACACAAUCCACAUCAGCAGCACCUCAUGGCUAAUUUCCACGUCAGCAGGCCAACUCAUCCUGUUUCCAGUCUCGUCUUGCCAACUCAGCCGCCACAUCAUCACACCUCCGUUAUGCUUGAUGACCAGGACUCGUUCCAUGUCUCAAGAAUCAUGGACAAUUUUCAGCAGCAACAUCAUCAUCAUAAAAUGGGAGGAGGGAGAUCAACAUCAGGAUUGGAGGAACUGAUAAUGGGGUGCACUCCUUCAUCAUCAACUGAUAUUAAAGAAGAGUCAUCCAUCACAAACCACCAAGAGGCAGAUUGGUUGAAGUACUCCACCUUCUGGCCUGAGCCUGACAGUCAAGAUCAUCAUUGAAAUCAGUAAAUAAGUAAAAAAAAAAAAAAAAAGACAGCAUCACUAUCAUGAUCAUCAUCACCACCAAACAAACCCCAUUUUCUCAGUCUUUUUCUUUUUUACCUUUCCCUCUUUCUCUCUCUAGAACCCUUUGCAUUUGCAGGCCUUAGAUACAUACAUAUACAGAUCAGUCUUAAACUGAAACUAACUGUACCACAAAACCCCAUCUUGGUAAAGAGAAAAGAAGCAUCCAAAAAGAGGAAAAAGAAGAAAAAAGAAUUCAAGAAAAGGUUGACACCAAGAUGGAAGAGCAAAACCAAAAGAAAAAAAGAACACUUCUUUACUGCAUGAAAAUCACCACCAACAUGAUUACAUUUUAUAAUCUUAUGGGUAUUUUUUUUUCUUGAAUUAUUUGUUUCUUUUUAACUAAUUUCUUGUAUUGUUUUCAUAUACAUAGAAAUAUAAAUAGAAGUUGUGAAUAAUACUAUAUAUCCACAGGUUUUGCUUUGUGAUUAA